CCGCCCCUCUCUUUGCAGGACGUCACCGUGGUUCUGCAGGGGCCAGAACCGACGCCGCUGCCGCUGCAUUGGUGCAAGAGGAACUGGGUGCCGCUGCGUGCAAUAGCGAGAUGGCUUCAGCAACAGACUCCCGCUAUGGGCAAAAGGAAUCCUCCGACCAGAACUUUGAUUAUAUGUUCAAGAUCCUGAUCAUCGGCAACAGCAGCGUGGGGAAAACGUCCUUCCUGUUCCGGUACGCAGACGACUCCUUCACGCCCGCUUUUGUCAGUACCGUUGGCAUCGACUUCAAGGUGAAGACCAUCUACCGCAACGACAAGAGGAUCAAGCUGCAGAUUUGGGACACAGCAGGGCAGGAGCGGUACCGCACCAUCACCACUGCCUACUACCGGGGCGCCAUGGGCUUUAUCCUUAUGUAUGACAUCACCAAUGAGGAGUCCUUUAACGCUGUGCAGGACUGGUCAACCCAGAUCAAGACAUACUCAUGGGACAAUGCUCAGGUGCUGCUGGUGGGCAACAAGUGUGACAUGGAGGACGAGCGAGUGGUCUCCUCAGAACGGGGCCGGCAGCUGGCUGAGCACCUUGGCUUUGAGUUUUUCGAGGCCAGCGCCAAGGAUAACAUCAACGUGAAGCAGACCUUUGAGCGGCUCGUGGACAUCAUCUGUGAGAAGAUGUCAGAGUCCCUGGACACGGCCGACCCGGCAGUGACUGGAGCCAAGCAGGGGCCACAGCUCACGGAUCAGCAGGCCCCCCCGCACCAGGACUGUGCUUGCUAAAGGCUCAGGCUCUGCCCUCACUCUCCCCAACUCCCCCCCCCUUUGGCAUCCCUAGCACCUCUUCCCCCACCCCCUGCCCUCCUGACCUGCCCACCCCUUUCCCUCUUCCCAUCUCCUUUCCCUCCUCCCUGGCUUGGGCAUCAGGAGCUGGGGCCUGGAGUGAGGUGAAAAUGGGUUAGGCGAGCAGGCAGGAGUGGUCUAGGCUCUCCCACACCUUAGGUCUUGACCCACCUCCCCCUUCCCCUGCAGCCCUGGGUGUCCCUCGGGUUUGAGGGAGAGGCUCCAUUCCUGCAAUUAUUUAUCUAUUUAUUUAUUUAUUUAUUUAUUUAUUUGGGGAUAUGCUAAAGGCACCAUGCCCUGCCCGUAUCUUCCCUCCCCGGCUCUGUGAAGCCCGGCGUCUGGCUCCUCUCCUUCAUCCCAAGACACCAAGCCCAGUGUCGCUCCCGGUGGGAGCCAGGAUAUGCUGAGCCCAGCCCAGAGCCCCCCCAGCUGCCAUGCAGAGUUGUCUCGCCAUGGAGAGCCCCUUGAGUUUCGUUCCAAUCUCCCUGCACGGGCUGGAUCUUUCCCAGGUUUUGUUUAUUGUAUAAAUAGAUCCUGAUUCCCUCUCUUCCCUCCCAAAUCCCCACCGUCUUCCUCCUUGUACAUAACCGAGACUUCCCGUGUACAUAGGAUUAGCGAGUGACCCUGAUGUAACAUGCUGUGCUGUGACUUGUGCUAAUGGUUUUAUUUUAUCAACGUGGUGUUGACCUGCUUCUGAAUAUCACUUUUUAAAUUGACAAUUUAAAACUAACAACAACCAACAAGACAGACAAGGGUUAUAACAGCAGCUCUGUAGCAAACAGCCCCUCCUACCUUCGUGCCGGGGCCGGCACCCUAGGUGAUGACUUGGAUUUUGAAUAGCUGGAAACAUUGGAUGAUUGGAAGUAAAUUCCAUGUGCAGUGGUAGGAGAACUUCUUUGGGUGUGUAUACACCCAAACCCACACGCCCUUUUUGGUCCUGGGGCUUUGAGGGAUUGGGUUCCUUGGCAGGAGGGGCAAAUUUGCUACAAGCUCCAAUGUUCCUUGUGUGUUUAUAUAGUAAUGUGUUUAAUGUGGAGAAUUGUGAGUUAGUGAAUAACUAUAUCAGUGACCACACCUGAAGUAUCGCUUUUCUCUCAUUUGUUUACUUUUUGGGGCAUGGGGGCGGGGGUGAUGACACAGGAUGGGGAGGGGGAUUGCCCUGUGUAUUUACUUGCAGAUACCUGAACAAAAAAAAGCCCUUUGAAACCUCCUCUUGUGAAGUUUUCCUGAUGAUCUUAUGGGAGAAUUAUGCUGUACUGUACAAAUGUCACAAGUGUCAAACGAAGAGUCCGUUUCCUAAAUCACUGUAUUACAGAGAUGUGGUGAGAAAAUAAAUUAAUGCUGAUCAUAUA